UCUAAUAAUAGAAAUUGAACUGCGCAUGCGCAUUGGAAUGGGCGUUGUCUCACGUUAAUUAAUUAUCACCUGACCAAUAAAGAGUUGACUGAUUUCAGGCUUUUGGAAUGGAAGUCCAUUAUUUGCUGGUUUUGCUCUCACUUUCAGGCCUCCUGUCAUUUGCAGUAGCUGUUGAAGAUGGCUAUGAAGAGAGACUAAGAGAAGCUCUUAAGAAAGCACAGGAACAGGUCAAUGCUAGUAAUGCUACACUUGGUGCCACUUGCUAUAAAAGAUUUGGGCACAAUUUUGACUGUGAGCUAUUUCCUCAUGACAAAAAGGAGCCAGCAACUGUCCACGAGUUGACUCCUUAUGAUAUCAGCUAUAUUGGUGCUCUUGGAGAUUCCAUAACAGCUGCAAUGGGCUCUGCUGCUUGCACUGUCCUUGAUGAUUUGAUAAGCUAUCGUGGACAGUCAUGGACUAUUGGUGGGCGCUUGGAUUUGAAAAAAAUCACUUCCAUUCCAAAUAUUCUUCGCAAGUAUAAUCCUAACUUAAAGGGUUUCUCUACUGGGAAUGGUGGACCAAACUCUGGGAAUGCAAAGAACAAUGUAGCGGUCAUAGGAGCCAUAGCUCAAGAUAUGCCUGACCAAGCUAAAGAACUAGUUAAGCGUAUGAAAGAGAGCAUGAGUGAGGAUGACUUCAAUAACAAGUGGAAGCUUGUCUCUUUGUGGAUUGGUGGCAACAACCUCUGUUCUUACUGCAAAAAAAGAGAAAAACAUUCUCCUGAGAACUAUGUCAAUAGCAUCACCGCAGCACUUGAUAUUUUAAAGGAAGAGCUUCCAAGGACUUUUGUUAACCUCAUCCAAAUUAUUGAUGUGACUCGCUUGGAGCCUCUAAAAGGACCCAUCUGUGAUCUUGUUCACUAUGCUGUAUGUGAAUGCACACUAAAAGAUUUAGAGGAAACCAGUAGAGCAUCAACUGAAUAUCAAGAAGGCCUUGCUGAUCUUGUCAACUCUGGUCGCUAUGAUGACAGAGAUGACUUCACAGUUGUGUUGCAGCCAUUUAUGGAAGGAGUGGAGCUACCAAGAUUAGAUAACGGCAAGCCUGAUUUUAGCUAUUUUGCGCCCGACUGCUUUCAUUUUAGUAGCAAGGGGCACAUGGAAGGGGCAAUUGCACUGUGGAAGAAUAUGUUUGAACCAGUUGGCAGCAAGACCUCAGGCUGGGAUCUACCUGGAAAACUGUACUGUCCAACAGAGGAUAACAAGUACUUAUUUACUAAGAAGAAUAGUCCUCCACCUUCAUUAUUUGGUCAGUCAGGAACUGAGCAGUCUGCUGGUGUUACUACUGAAGGUGAUAAAGCUACACACUCCGCUUCAAUUGCUGUCAGUGCAAGCAUUGGUGCUGUGUCUUUGCUUGUUGUUGUAAUAAUUGUAAUAGUUAUUGCUUUUAAACUACGCAAUAAAAGAAGAGCAAGAGGAAUUGGAGAGCAAAUACCGUUGUUUAGCAAUAACUGAAUUUGAUUUUUACUCUAUAUUUUUGCGUGUGUUCAUAAUUUUUAUUAUUGCUUUUUUAAUAAAUCUAAUUGUGUUAA